AUGCAAAGACGGAGAAAUAAAGUUAAAGAUAAGCCGCCCCCGGACCCACGCCGAGAGUACUUGGACGCCGAGUCCAGCGAUGAAGCGGAAAAGCACAUUUAUACGCGAGUCGUUACGGUGGACGUAAUUUCCUCGAUACUUCUGCAAAUAUUAACAAGGCAGCAAUAUAACAACGACGACGUUAGCCAUAAUGCGGCUAAUUUGAAGCAAGUUCGCUCGACAGGGACGCGCUUGAAUUUGGACAUGGAUUCGACGAAUGGCCGCGUCCAAUUUGCAAUUACAAUGGCUGCUUUGUAUGCUCCCGCGAGUGCAUUCGGUAACCAUAAAUUCCACGAUAACUUUAAAGACGAAAUAGAUGUAACAGGGAUUUACGAGGUCGCCUUUCCGACGAUAAAUGUCGUCGCGACGCACGAGAAAAUCGGAGAUCGCGUUUUUCGAAUCUACUUGUCGCGAUGUAACCGCAAUCUACGACAGAGAUUAUCAAGGAUGAAUAUUGUUGCAGGUGAAGAAGAGGAUGUGACGGACGAGCUGCGUCCGAUAUAUGAGAUGGACGAAUUAGAUAAAUUGAUACGGUGUGUUAAGGAUAUGACGACGCUGAGCGGUCUGACGGACAACGAUUGGACGUGGAAAUGCGACAUGGACAUCCGCGAGUUCUUCCACGAACCGAGCAUUCCGGUCCUCUGCAUUUAUCACAUGAACGGCAGUCUGACCACAGAAUUUUCAUUUCCUACGGCGCCCGUGCACGAGCUAACCUACUUCGUGAGACAGCCCAAUGAGAUUCUCCACCCGGAGAACUUUCGCGAGCGCAUUCUCUUCGGGUCGAUGAACGACAAGGUGGAGGGCCAUAUACUGGGCGUCAUCCAGAACGUGUUCGCGCCGAUCUUCUUCACAAUCGAGACCUGGCCCGACAGUAUCCUUCGCUAUUUUGCCCCUGAUCUCUAUUAUUGCAUUCUUGUCAAAGAUACCCAAUUAAUUUGCAUAACUAAUUAA